CUUUGUUCCCUUGACCACCACUGCCCAUACUUACCACGUUCGUUUUCACAACUCUUGUGGGUUGACCUUCGCUUUUGUUGCGACAUUGUUAUCCACUCGGCCGACAAGGCCACGGUCUUCUCGCCCAGGGCUAGAGCAGCAGCUGGACUCACGCCGGACCCUCCCCUCGAGAAAGUGCCCUCGAUGGCACUCACCACCAUAGCCACGACUGUUGUCGUGCUCCUUUGCUCGCCAGUCAUCGGCCUGCUUGCGUGGAACUACCUGGUCCCCGUGCUAUUCCACACACUGUCCGCCUCCGUGGGCACCACACUGGGAUACUACCUGGUCAAGAAGACGGAAGGUCGUCGCGACCGCAUCCUCAGGGUCACCGAAGAGCUAGAGACGAACCACGCCGCCUUUGCCGCCAACGCAACGCAGACGACCGGUAGCAGCACCAGCAGCGAUAACGAGUGGGACAAGGUCGACGAUGGGUCUUCUGCAGAUAGGGCUGCCGCCACUGGCGUUGAUACCAAGUCGCCCAACUGGGACGGUAUUGUUGGGUUCUUCCAUCCCUUCUGCAAUGCUGGAGGGGGUGGGGAAAGAGUGCUCUGGGCAGCGAUUCGCGCUACCCAGAAAAGAUGGCCCAAAGCCAAGAUUGUGGUGUAUACCGGCGAUCACGAAGUCACCAAAGACCAGAUAUUGAAUCGUGUCAAGAAUACUUUCAGCAUAGAUCUACACCCUCCGACGAUACACUUCCUCUACCUGUCGACUCGCCACUGGGUUCUGGCGUCGACGUGGCCCCAUGCGACGCUCCUCGGCCAGUCGAUAGGAUCGGUCAUCCUCGGCUGGGACGCUUUCUCCCUAGUCGUCCCCGAUAUUUUCGUCGACACAAUGGGCUACGCCUUUGUUCUCGGCCUUUGCAAGCUCUUGUUCCCGACCAUGCCAACCGGCGCCUACGUCCACUAUCCAACCAUAUCGACGGACAUGCUCGACUCGCUAGAUCCAAACAGCGCUGUUGGUGGGCAGGGAGUUAAUGCAGGCCAAGGCGUGGGUCUGAAAGGCACAAUCAAGAAGUUUUACUGGAAGUGGUUCGCUGGCGUGUACUCGUGGAUGGGUGCGUCGGUGGAUGUCGUCAUGACCAACUCGAGCUGGACGCAAGCUCACAUUCAGGCAUUGUGGGGCCCCCGUCGGGCACAGAGACAGCGGCAGAAUUCCAUGGAAGUCGUGUAUCCGCCGUGUGCCGUGCACGAAAUCGAGGAGGCUGUCGAGCUGUCGGAGGAGAGCGAGAAGAAGCGGACCAAGGCGCUGGUCUACAUUGCGCAGUUCCGGCCAGAGAAGAACCACCAGCUCAUCAUCCAGGCAUUCCAUGAAUUUGUCAAGAGCGGCACACCGGCAUCUCAAGGCUCCAAGCUGGUCCUUCUGGGUAGUGUCCGGGGCGACAGCGAUGCCAAGCGGGUGUACCAGCUGCGACUGCUAGUGAACGAACUGCAUCUUGUGGACCGUGUCGUUUUCCACCUGGAUGCACCCUGGUCUGAGAUCUUGCAGCACAUUAGCCAGGGAUACGUUGGGGUUAAUGGCAUGUGGAACGAGCACUUUGGCAUAGGUGUGGUCGAGUACCUCGCAGCUGGUCUGAUCCCGGUAGUGCACGACAGCGGCGGCCCAAAGCUGGACAUUGUGGUGGAUGUGGACGGGCAGCCCACAGGAUUUCACGCCACCACGGCAUCCGACUAUGCUGCUGGUUUUGAGAAGGCGCUGUCUCUCAAGGACCCUCUGGCGGUCCGGAAACGGGCCAGAAAGUCUGCACAGAGGUUUUCGGAGGAGGAGUUUGCGCACAAGUGGAUUGUGCAGCUCGGCAAGCUGGUUGACAUGCAGACGAGCCACUAGAGUAGCAGGUUGCGAGGCAUAGACUCACGACGGGAGCGCAUAUGCAUCAAGAAUAUAAAUCUGUGCUAAUGGCUAAAGAGUGCUUGCAUGCAAUGUCUACUUUCUCUACUUGUGAUGCCCCAGUCUUCAAGGUUGUCCGUGGACGGAGACGGAGUAAGCACUCUAGCGGAAGGGAGAAGCCCGGCUCGAAUGCUCCACACAUGGUGGGCGGGCACCGGGGCCGGACCGCAUCAGACAAGGAAGCACAGGUACAGCAUUAUGCUAUGGUAGGCUUGGUAGCUCACACAAGCUCUGGAUAUGGCCGAGAUGCAUUCUGCGAUGCCCUCUUCUGUCGGC